CUAUUGAAAUGUUAGCUCCCUCCGCCCCCCUUCACACCAAAAUUUUCGCUCAUCUCUUCAGUCGUCACUAUAAAAUGCAUAAACUUUGCACAGAAAUCGAAACCCACUGAUUACAGAAGAGAAGAAAUCAGUGCUUUUAUUCAGGAAAUAUGAAGGCUUCAAUUAAGUUUAGGGAGGAGCAAAAGCCCGUUUUGAGAGCCAAAAUCCCAAUAAACAUUCUGAGUUUCCCAUUCCAAUCAGGAAUUGUGGCUGGUGAAUCAAAAGAAUUAUCUCUAAAUCUCAGCACUUUCUUUGAAUCAGGGCCUUCAUUCAAAUUCUCAUACCGUCCCAAUGAUUCUCAUAAUCCUUUCAGCUUCAUUUUCAAGACUGGGAUUGGGUACUUUGGGUCACCCAAUAAAAGCCCUUUAACCAUGAGCGCUGAGUUUAAUUUGAUUGGUAAUCAGAAUCCCAGUUUCUUCAUCCAUUUUAAACCCAAUUUGGGCGAUUUUUCUGUGAAAAAAUCUCAUUCUUCGAGGUUUGUGAAUGGUUUGGGCGACAAAUUCAACGGUGCUGCUUUGCCGGGGGAGAAUUUCCUGGACAACGGAUACUUUAAAGGGAAUGGGGCAACAGGGAUGAUCAAGGGAGCGUUGAAGGGUUCUGAGAUUAGCGCUAAAACGGUGUUGCCGGUGCGCGAUUUGGCGGUGGUUAAUUUCCGGUGGGGCCUUAGGGUUCCGUGGGCUGAAGUGUCGGCGGAGGAAGUCGACGGUGUGAUUGUGGGUAAGAAGGAUGAUCGGGCGGCGUACGGGAUUAGGCUGCCGCAGUUGAUGAUGAACAAAAUUGGAAUCGAACAUGUGGUUAAGGAUGGGGCGGCUAAGGUUGAACCCGGGGGAAAGGAUGGUGACGUGGUAGGGGUGUGUUUGGAUGUUAAGAGACAGCUUGAAUUAAUUCAAGGCGAGAAUGCGGUUUUAAGGAAGGCUUUGAAUGAUUUGAGAUUAGAUAUAGCUGCUGGAAAAAUGAAGAUAUUUCCUCCAUUGGAGGGAGAAGAAAAUCCUGAUACAAGGAGGAGGACAGAGGAGCCAUUGCCAAAGCUUGCCUAAUUAAAUGGCUGUCUCAUUUAAAAUUUAAAGAUGUCUUUGUUUCCAAUGCAUUUAUGCUCGUUUUAAGAAAAUUCUUGGUUUUCUGAGGUCUAUUGUGUCUGGUUGGGGGUAUAUGAAUGAAUGAGGCUGUAAAUUUUCUUUCUUGAAUAUUAUUAUAUUUAUUUA